CGAUUGAUUAGUCUUUCGAUCAAGUUCUCAUCACGAAAGUGUUAACAUUUGAAAAAUUCGUUGAUUUAUCAAAGAGAGGAUAGUAACUGCUCCGGAUUCAUUAGAUUUUUAAUCCUUACCUUGAUACAAUCAAGACAACUAGGAAAAUGGUUCUCGAUUUGGUUGGAAAAAUAGGUUUGAUUACCGGUGGUGCUUCUGGGAUAGGAUUGCGGUAUGCAAAGCAACUUCUCCGCAAUGGUGUCAAGGCGGUAACAUUGGCCGAUCUAAAUCCCGACUUCGCCAAAACCGGUUUGGCGGAAAUAGAAAAAGAAUUUGGCAGCAACAGGGCAGUGUUUGUAAAAACAGACGUGACUGAUAUUCAACAAUUUGAGAAUGCUUUUAAAAAAACAGUGGAAAUAUUCAAACAUGUUGACAUUUUAAUAAAUAAUGCAGGAAUUUUGAAUGACAAGAUAUGGGAAAAGGAAAUUGCAAUAAAUGUUAAUGGUACGAUACAUGGAAUUCUCUUAGGACUGGAGAACUAUUUACUAAAAUAUCAGCAAGGACCUGAGGCUGUCAUAGUAAACAUUUCUUCUAUUGCCGGUGUUGGUGCAUUCCCAAACACCCCCAUAUAUUGCGGGACCAAGGCCGCCGUCAUUGCCUUAACCAGGUCAUGGGGUGACCCUUACCACUACGAGAGAACUAAAGUUAGAGUGAUUGCGAUUUGUCCGGGAGUAACUAUGACACCAUUAAUCACUGAUAUAAGUGGAAGGAAUCUUGGAGAUGUUUACGAAAAUUGGUUGCAGUCUAAUAUAGAUACCCUGUCACCCCAAGAGCCCGAACAUGUAGCUGAGGAAGUUGUAAAACUUGUCCAUUCCUCUCCAAAUGGAACUGUUUGGGUGAUCGAAGGAGGGCAACCGUCCUAUCAGUAUAUUGUUCCAGAAAGGGAAACAAUGCCCAAGUAACCACAAGACAUGGCCAAACCACAACCACAUUAUUUUUUAUUGGGAUUUUAUUGGGAAAAUAUACCUACUAUUAAAGAAUACAUUUUUGUAAAUUAAUAUUUACUGCAACAAAAUGUUGUCUUGUAUAAUAUCUGCCUUUUAUUAUAAGUAUAUUUUUUA